AUGGCAAAGUUACAAAAGAACGUCCUUCGAGAGCAGUACAAGCGUCUCCAUGAUAAGCAGCUGAUAGUAAUAAAUAGACCAGUACAUAGCAAAGCAAUGAUACUACAGAUUCUAGUUAUGUGUGCAUUCCUCUCCUCAGUGGUUACCAUACAUCUCCGUCCUUCCUUUGUAGAUGAUAUACGAACUAUUGACUUGUUGUGUGGUGGAGAUGUUGUGUCGAUGCAGAUGAGAUACAUUUUAUAAUACUUUUCAAGAGUAAAAACUUCCUAACGA